AUGGCCAACCGUGCGUCCCCUGGGGACGACGGCCCACGAAAUCGUCCACAGUCCAAGCAGCGUGUCCGAACAGGCUGCUGGCCGUGCCGGCGACGUCAUCGAAAAUGUGAGUGGCCGGCUUGUUCUGGGAGUUGUUGCAAUAUCUAACUAUCUGGGUGUGUAGGCGAUGAGCGUAGGCCUACCUGCGACAACUGUCUGUCCAAAGGAUCAACUUGCCAAUACCCUGCGACCUUCAUCUUCGCCUCCGUCCAGCAAGCGCCUGUUGUGGAAACCAACGAUAACUCGGCGGCUUCGGUGCCCCCACAGCGUGAAUUCAGGGUUAGUGUUACGUGA